GAGGGUUGCCGCGGGGUAAGGUGUUCCAGGGCUUUCACUCCCUGAGGCGGUGCAUUGACCCUCACCGCUCGAGAUUUACGCUCGUCCUACUUUGGGCGACGAACGAAGUAUAAAACACCUUCACUUGCCAAUCAGCCAAGGUGUUAACCAACAAGCAUGGCGCGUACAGCAGUUCAGGCGGCUCUUUUGGCCAGCUGCGCGCUCUCUGCCUAUGCGGCGCCCUCAGGACAUGGCUAUGGGAAAGAUGUGUUUGCAGUGUUGGAUCCUCAGAAAUGGGUGAACCCGGACAACAUGACGUGGAAAGACUACCGUAACCCCCCGGGCACACACUGGAGUGAUCCUUCACGGAAAGGGUCCAGCAGGAACUUCAACAUUGCUAUGGUCGCUGUCGACUACCCCGAUCUCGACUUUGCGGUGACCAGACCUCCCAACUCUGAUGUGUACGGGAACCCGCAACCAUCUGCAGCAAACUUAAAACGAUCAGAUGUCCCGGCUUUCUAUCGCGACCUGCUGAACAAGCCCAACGACUUGAACCAAGGCCAUACUCUGCACGAGUACUGGAUGGGCGACUCUCUCGGAAAGUAUGGGGUAGAUCUCACUGCGUUUGGUCCAUAUCGUCUACCUCGCAAGUCAUUCCAGUACGGGAUUGACGACGAGGAGGACGGGUUCAACGAGGGUGCAUGUCCCGAGCCUCCCUGUUCCGUCGACCUGCGAACAGACGCACUCGGAGCAUGGCGCGCCGAUGUUGGCAACGCAACCGCGAACUCUUUCGAGCUUGUCUUCAUCCUGUCGGCAGGACAGGACGAGUCUUCAACUUGGCAGGAGUUUGGCGAGAUGAAGUUUAUGCGCAAAGAAGACAUUCCUGACGAGUUUGGACCUCCGGGAAAUCGCAGCUUGCCCAAUUAUGCAAACACUCGCUACGUUGAAUGGACAUCUUGGGCCGCUGCAUCCAACAUUUGGCCUAAUGCAGGCGGAGGUUCUUCCACCCAGGGCGAGAGUUCUGGCAUGGCUACUUUCGCACACGAGCUGUCGCAUCUACUGGGUAUUGGCGAUAACUACAACAACCCAUACGGGACACCACAGCGCCGAGCUUACUCUGGGCCCUUCUCUAUGCUGGACCGUGGAAGCUUCAAUGGUCCAGGUGGACCACAUACGCGAUGGCAAAUACCACCAGUUCAAGGAGCUUCCAUGGGCUCACUCCACACUAUGCGAGACAAGCAUCACAUUGGAUUAAUUACCAACGCGGUCGUUUUGCAAGUUUCUCGUGACGCACUCGCCGAAUCAGGCCUCAUCGUCGCUGAGAUCACCGCACGAGCAGUGGAUCCUGGAACGGGUCUCAUGGGCAUCAACAUCACCCUUCCAAACGAUCUUUCUCCACCUUGCAACACCUCUACGGAUCCACUAUGCGAUGGAGGGCGCUACAACGCCUACAACGUCGAAGUGAUCGACCGCAUGGGCGCCGAUUCCUUUGUCCCGGACUCCGGCGUUAUGAUCAGCAAGAGCAAGUUCGGCGACGCUCCGCAACCCUUCCAAUGGGUGAUCGACGCCAAUCCGCAAGAUAUCAAGGUGGUUGAUUUUAUUCGCCCCGACGGCACGCCAAAGUACUACACUAUUGGCGACUAUCGCCAACUGUCUGAUGCGCUUUUCCACGCUGGAACGCGCUCGGGAAGCCAGUUUGAAUAUGUUGACAAAGCGAACAAGCUACACUUUUAUGUGAUUAACAUUAACCGGGACGAAUCGGGUGUCCUGCGGUAUAUCGUUGGCGUCCGGUCUCUCGCGGGAAGCGGGCCCAGCCAACACGGUGUUCAACUCAAGAAGCCAAACAAGGAGGAACACCCGACAGGAACCCUAUACACAUUCGAGUUGAAGAACAAAGGCAAGUUUGCAAAGAGCAACGCCUCCCAUCCUCAGGACUUGUCCAAGUACCUCGACUACGAUAUUUACCGGGUAGAAGCCAAGAUUGAGGGCGAGGGAUGGAAGGUGGUGGUUCCGAAUGCACUCGCUACUGCGGAGUUCGGAAAGUCUACAGAGGUGAGUGUGGCGGUCGGAGGGGAGAGGAAUCGCUCAAAAGAGGCGACUGUGACGGUCACGGUGACUUCAGAGUCGGAUCCUACGAAGAAAGAGGAGCAGAAAUUCAAAGUGAGGGUUUAGAUGGAUUUAAAGAGGGAUAUACCAGGAAGGGGGAUAUACUCUGGUAAUACAUAACGAAUGCGACAUGAUGCCAGGUAAACAUGCAACCGCGUUGAAUCCAUAUAUGUCCAAAGGAUAGAAUCGAGUGGCUAUCACGUGAUAUGGUAAUUCACCUCUUAAGCUAUCCAUCUUUUAUUUCAAGGGCAGGAUGUGGUCCUCUAG